CACACUCUCUCACCCUCGCCAUGGCUGUGAACAAUGUAAGCUCUCUUCUCCUUCACCACCUCCUCCUCUCCAUUUUCCUCCCAAACCACUCGGAAUAAGCCCAAAAUCUCAACUGGGUUUUGCUAAUCCUUGGUGCUCUCCCGUAAAGGAGCCUCCUUUUACCCAUUUCGCUCCCCUCUCCUUGUCUAGGUACUCGUUGAAAUGGGAAACAGGGGACUCCCCUGCUUCUUCUUCCUUCUCCUCCUCUUGCUCCUCUUUGCUCCCCUUAGCUGUUCCCAGAGCCAACAAAGCUGCGACUCGAGCGAUUUGAAUGCGCUCCAGGGCUUUGUGGAAGGGCUCCAAUCGAGUGCUCUUGGGUGGAGCUUUAAUGGGUCGUCCUCUUCAAAUUGCUGUAAUUGGGUUGGGAUAUCAUGUGAUUUGGGCUCUGCUCUGGUGAAGAGGGUGAUUGGUUUGGAUCUGUCCAAGAAGAGUUUAAAGGGCUCCGUCUCUUCUUCUCUGGGCGGAUUAGAUCAAUUGAAGCUGCUCAAUCUCUCCUACAAUUCCCUUCGUGGACCGGUUCCUGUGGAGCUAUUCCAUCUCCCCCACUUGGAGCUCCUUGAUCUUAGUACGAACAGGUUAUCUGGGCUUAUCCCUGCAGAAUCGAACCUAUCGUCGAUUCAGGUAUUCAACAUCUCCUUCAAUUCAUUCAACGGCACGCACCCGAUCCUCGCCGGAUCGAGCAAUCUAUCAGUCUACGACGUCAGCUCGAACAGCUUCUGGGGCCCCGUCGAUAUAGGUAUUUGCAAUUCCUCUGAUUCCGUUCAACUGCUUCGGUUCUCGGCGAACAUGUUCUCCGGCGACUUCCCCGCCGGCUUUGGGAACUGCAGUUCCCUUUCCGAGCUCUCGCUCAAUACAAACGGCCUCACUGGAACUUUGCCCAAUGAUCUCUUUACACUCUCCUCAUUAACCAAACUAAACCUUCAGGGGAAUGCACUCUCUGGUACUGUGAGCACAAACAUUAGAAACCUUUCCAACCUUGUUCUUAUAGAUACUUCCUCUAAUAGUUUUUCCGGGGCGAUCCCAAAUGUAUUUGAUAGCCUAAAUAAGCUAGAGUACUUCGAUGCUUCAUCCAAUAAACUCACUGGGGGUUUGCCCCCUUCUUUGUCUAGUUGUUCAACACUCACUACUAUUAGCUUGAGAAAUAACUCUCUUCGGGGGACCAUCGAUCUCAACUUUACAACCUUGCCGAGGUUAAAGCACCUCGGCCUAGGAAUGAAUUUCUUUUCCGGUCGUAUCCCUUCCGAUCUUCCCAAUUGCUUGCAGAUGCAGACCUUAGAUCUUGGUGAGAACAAUCUCGUCGGCGAAAUACCCUCUAGCUUCAGGAACUUCACCUCCCUAGCCAUUCUCUGGCUCUCUGAUAACAACUUCUCCAACUUAUUCUCGGCACUACAAAUCCUGCAGAGCUUGCCCAGUCUUAUACACCUUGCGCUCGAUGCAAGCUUUCACGGUGGCGAGCUAAUGCCAUCGGAUGGGAUUCAAGGAUUUGCUAACACAGAACUCCUUUUCAUUGCGUUUUGUGGUCUUUCCGGUUCUAUCCCGCCAUGGCUGGCCAAUUUGACCAAAUUGCAGUACUUGGACAUUUCCUCGAACUAUUUAUCCGGGAGGAUUCCUUCAUGGUUGGGGAAUCUUGGUAAUCUGUUUUACCUGGACAUCUCAAAUAAUUUGCUCACCGGAGAAAUUCCUACUAGCUUAACGCGUAUGAAGAGCCUUGCGUACGGUAACAUAUCACAACAUUUCGGCCUUAUGCUCAAGGUAUAUCCAAAUGGUCAGUUUCUAGAAUACAGUAGCCUUCAACCGUCGAUAAAUGUGAGCAAUAAUAAGCUUGUCGGGUCGAUCUUGCCCGGUUUUAAUGGCCUUGUGAACCUCCAUGUGCUGGAUUUGAGUUUUAACAAUAUAUCCGGAACUAUACCCGAUUUGUCGGGCAUGUCAAACUUAGAAACGUUGGAUUUAUCGCACAAUCAUCUCACCGGUACCAUACCAUCCUCUCUGAGUAUAUUGCAUUUUCUUUCCGGUUUCAGUGUGGCUUAUAACAAUCUAUCCGGAAAGAUUCCAACAGGGGGUCAAUUUGAUACACUCAAUGAUCCGUCAAUCUAUACUGGCAAUUAUUAUCUCUGUGGACCUCCGACUAAAAACAACUGUUCUAAUGAAGGACCAAACCCUUAUCCUAAAAGAGACAACAACAACGAAACUCAUGAGACAAUAUGGUUAUAUUUUGGAAUGGGAUCAGGAUUUGUCACUGGAUUUUGGUGUGUGUUCGUUAUGCUAUUAUUCCAAAGAUCGUGGAGAAUUGCUUAUUUUCAAAUGGCUGAUAAAUUAUUUGAUGAUAUAUACGUGAUGGGAGUAUUAAGUUGGAGGAGGUUGAAUGAGAAAAUUGGCAGACAAAGGCCAAUAUCUUGAAGUUGUUACUUUUCUACUUAGUCCCGUGCGUAGUGCAUGCAUGGUGUUUCUUAGUUUUACGUUGCAUGGGAUUUUGUUAUAAUAAAUUCACAACUUGUCUCCCUGCGUACAAUUAUUAAUGUUUUGCCUAGUAUUAUAAUUUCUA